AAGUUCUCAUGGCCAACACGCGGGAGGGACUAAUGGUCUUGUUUAUUUUUCAUACUGAUCUUUCGCAGUCAGUUGUCAGUUCUCCUCCGCACUCGCUUGCGUUUCACGUGAAAGGCCCCACCAUGGACGAUUGGGACGCUGACAACUAUCAGCCCCCGGAGCCCACCAUUCCGAAGACUGCGGCCGUCAACAAAUGGGAGGGUGAGGACGAGGAUGAAGAUGUGAAGGACAACUGGGAAGACGAUGAUGAAGAAGAAAAGAAGGAUUCAGAGAAACCUCCAGAACCUGUAAAAUCAGCCGCCUCUAAGAAGCCUCAGAAAAAUUUGGCCCAGAAGAUUCAAAUGGCUGAAGAAAAGGAGAGGCUGGAAAAAGAACGUGCCCAGCAGUUGCGGAACCUCACUCCUGCUGAACUUCAGGCAGAAAAAAUACGUCAACGAAAAUUACAAGAAGAGUCCGAGCUUGAGCUUGUCAAAGCCACAUAUGGUACCUCAAAUUCAAUUGAUGGUAUCAACCCCAGUAGUAAAGAGGAAUUUGACUCACUAAGGGAAGCUAUAGUCUCCAAGGUCAAUGACCUAUCCAAGGAGGAACACUAUGUUGAAUUUGUCACUGAACUCAUUGAGAAAAUUGUUGUAAAUUUACCUGCUGCAGAUUUAAAGAAGCUUAGCUCAAACAUGACCUCCCUUGCUAUUGAAAAGGGGAAAAUGGAUAAGGCUGCAACAAGUAAAAAGAAGGGUGGCAAGUUCAAGGGGGCUAAAUUGAAAAUGGACAAUGAUUUGACCAGCGAUUUGACUAAUGAUUAUGAUGAUUUGGAUGAUUUUAUGUAGCUUACCUUAAUGUGGGUUUGUGAAAUCAGCUUUUGGACACUUUCUAAGAAUUUACCUUGCCAUUUUUUUAAUUUUAUUUUGUUGCUGUGUGCAAGUGUGUAGUGCCCUGUGUAUGGUGCUCAAUCGUCUUGACGUUUUGACCUUGUCCUUUUGUGCGGCUAAUGCAACUAUCCGACAUCAACGCAGAGCUGUGCUCAAGGCUUAUCCUCUUCACUCAAACAAGAGUGUGUUCCAAUUCAGGAUAAAUACUCUGUUGAAUAGACAUUGUUAUCCUUGUAUUUAUUGUAUAUUUUUGGCCGAGCUGGAUUCGGUCCAAUCAUUGAAGCUGGUCAAAGUGCUCUCAACAUGUUGUUCAAUGGAGAAAGUUGUUUACUUUUUUUUGUCAUGUAUCCCAUCUGCUUUUCAAGAAAAUAUUGAUGCAUUUGUAAUGUGUUUUAAAUCAAAAACUGUUUUCAUAAACUGAUAAAUCUUUAAAAAAAUAAUAAACAAAAAGUUCAAUGUCCUAA